AUGAAAGAAUCGCAAGACAAACUCCUAGAAGAGAGCUGUGAAAACACCGAUGCAUUGAGGAAAGAGCUGCUUCCCCAGGAAGAAAGCGAGACUGCAGACUCUGUUACUGUGUAUACUAACAAAGAGGGCGAGCGUGUUGUGCGAAUUGUGAAUCUUAUACAAACAAUGGAGUGCACUCCCGAGAAGGUUGAAACAGUGGUUUCCGUGCGCACUCUUCCCACCCUGGAGAAGCCCAUUGAUGUAGAUGCUUAUGCAAAUCUGUGCAUAUUCUGUGAUCAUCCUGUUGAUGCAGAUGUGUCGAUUCUUCUCUGUGCAAAGUGCCUUCUUCUAGAGCCCCCAAGAAACACAGACUCAUGUCCAAACUAUAGUUUUAUUUAG